AUGACGACCUUACCUCCGAGCCGUAUUCGUGGCAAAAUGUCCGACGAAUGGCCGCCGAAGCUGACGGAGAACCGGCGAAAAACGUCGUCGAACACCACCACUCUCGUGGGGAACCAUUGGCCGAGGGACACGCAUCCUCCGUACGCCCCAUCGAGGGCUUAUCGACAAGGCGGUGGCAGCGAGUAUGAGAUCAAAUAUGUGAAUGCGAGGACUUCCGACGAAUCUGUCGGCGUGCCUGAGGACACCUACGUUAAUAAGAGUCACGUAUGCUUAAUACAUGUUUAUUUUAACGUUUAUACCAGUGUGACCACCACUACGAAUCUACGUAAACUGAAAGCUUCUUCCCCGUUGCUACAGAAUCACCCAGACGAAUCAGUGCCCGUGAACAUCGUCCGGAGGCAUGAGAACACGGGGUUACGCGAUAACUACCAACGUUUCAACGACUACGCCGACAUGUACGCGCCCGAAACGUUGCAGAAGUUGCGCAGGCUGAAGGAGCUGCAGAUGAAACGGGACAUAAACGAGAGAUACUACUCGCAGGAGAUCAAACGACUGAUCGGCGAGUAUUAUUUCGCCAAGAGGAUGCCCUCCCCUCUAUUGAGGCCCCAAGGAAAAAUGCAGAGCGCCAGCUUCCAGCAUCAUCCUGGACAUCGAGCAAGAAAUAAUAUCGAACCGUGCGGCACCAUGACGACAAUCACGCGGCUGGAUUGCGGGUGUAUUCAAGAGACAUCAAGGCCGAUUUUCACGACGGCAAGGGGUCGCGUUCAACGGAGGAAUUGCAGCCAAUCACAAGACGAGGUGCUUUUGAAAUUGACGUCCUCGAGCCCGCGGGAACACUUGUCCUUGACGAUCGAUCCGCGAAACGAUCGUCAACAACGGGUACAAUCGAAGAACCGGUGUACGUACGAGAAAAUUACGCCGAACGGCGACGGUGGAUUCGUGACGGAAACGGAGAACGGGAAACAGAGCGACGACGAGGAACAGAAAAUUGAACGAGUCAGGAAAAAUGGGACGCCUAAUCGAAAGUUCAGCGACACCUCAGCGACCACUAUUCAUUGA